AUGUCUGAACUCAGCCAAAACUCCGAUGAGGCUCCUGAGGAUAUUGAUGAAGAUGAAAUCCUGGCAAACCUGUCCCCUGAGGAGCUCAAGGAGCUACAGAGCGAGAUGGAAGUCAUGGCCCCAGACCCUGAAGUCCCAAUUGGGAUGAUACAGAAGGAUCAGACGGAGAAACCCCCCACGGGGAGCUUCGACCACAGGUCCCUGGUUGACUACCUGUACUGGCAGAAGGCAUCCAGACGCAUGCUCGAGGACGAGAGAGUUCCUGUCACCCUCUUGCCCUCUGAGAGAAGUGCUGCAGAGGAGCUGGAAGGAAAGGCCAGUGGCAGCAGUGAGGUGGAUGGCAGGAGGAUACCAGGAGCAGAGGGAAAAGAGAGACAUUACCAAAAUGAGCAUGUAUCCAACUCAGUAAUACAGCUUGGGGAGACAAAGAAAGAUGGAAGCAGUAAGGAGAGAGUGGAGGAGGAAGAUGAGAAAGAAGAAGAGGAAGAUGGUGAAGAGGAGGAGGAGGAAGAUGAGAAAGAAGAAAAACCAGGUACAGAACCAGGAGAAAUCAAAGAAAAGCCAAAUGAAAAGAAAGUAUCAAAACUGAACAUCCCCCAAAAAUUAGCACUGGACACCAGCUUCAUGAAGCUGAGUGCCAGACCUUCAGGAAAUCAAACCAAUUUAGAUGAGAGUUUGGACAAAGUCCGCAAAAACAACCCAGAGGUGAAAGAGCUCAACCUGAACAAUAUAGAAAACGUCCCCAAAGAAAUGCUGAUAGACUUUGUCAAUGCCAUGAAAAAGAACAAGAACAUCAAAACAUUCAGCUUGGCCAACGUGGGGGCUGAUGACAACGUGGCAUUCGCGCUGGCCAACAUGCUGCGGGAGAACAGGAGCAUCACCACGCUGAACAUCGAUUCCAAUUUCAUCUCUGGCAAAGGCAUCGUGGCCAUCAUGAGAUGCCUGCAGUACAAUGAGACCCUGACAGAGCUCCGUUUUCACAACCAGAGGGGCAUGCUGGGCCACCAGGCAGAAAUGGAGAUCGCUAGGCUGCUGAAAGCCAACACCACCCUCCUUAAGUUGGGGUAUCACUUUGAACUGCCAGGGCCCAGGAUGGUGGUGACCAACCUGCUCAGCAGAAACCUGGACAAGCAGAGGCAAAAGAGGCAAGAGGGGCAAAGGCAGCAGCAAAUGAAAGAGCAGAAGGAGUUGAUAGCCAUGCUGGAAAAUGGACUUGGGUUGCCUCCUGGGAUGUGGGAAAUGUUGGGGGGACCUUUGCCCCAGCUGAGGAUGCAUGAACCCCCACAAGCCCCAAAACCAUCCGUUCCUGCAGCAAUGUCCCUGAACAAAAGGCAGGAGAGUGCGAGGCAGUCUGCUCCAGAGCAGCCCUGCGGAGAGAAACCUGUCAGCUUCAGAGUGGUGAAGCUGAAGAAGACUCAGCGCAAACCUGCGGUGCCGGAGUAUGUGGAACCCACCGAGAAAACCAACCUCAAAGAUGUCAUCAAAACACUCAAACCAAUCCCCAGGAGAAGACCACCUCCCCUUGUUGAAAUAACCCCAAGAGAUCAGCUGCUCAACGACAUCCGUCAGAGCAACGUGGCUUAUCUCAAACCGGUGCCACUGCCAAAGCAGCUGGAGUGA